AUGGCCAAUGCCAAAGAUGCAUCGUCUCUCGCCUUGAGACGUCUCCAACGCUUCAUUGCGCCGAAGAAAGAGUCUGCCAAAGCUGUCCGCGACAUCAGAUUGGGACUCGACCGGAUAUCUCGAGUCGUUCCAGAGGUUCAGCAAUGGCAAGGGGUCCACGUGGGUGGUACUAAUGGCAAAGGCUCAAUCUGCGCCUUCCUCUCAGGGCUCUUCACUCUGGGUGGAAUUGGCUACGGCCGGUUCGUCUCUCCGGCAUUUCCACAUAAGCAUAAUGCUGUGACGAUAAAUGGCAAAUACGUCAACCCUCGUGUGUAUGAGGUGGAGGCUGAUAAUGUUCGGAACGCUUACCAGAGGUUGUUGCAUGGUUGGCAACUCGCAGCAGCCGAGGACCCAGGGCCGCUUUCUCCCUUUGAGCUGGAGACAGCUACAGCUUUCCGGAUUUUCAACCGCACCGGUGUUCCCUAUGGCAUUGUCGAGGUCGGCAUGGGCGGUGCAACAGAUGCCACAAAUGCUAUGCGCCGAAAAGGCGUUACCGUUAUCUCCAAAAUCGACCUCGACCACCAGGAAUAUCUCGGAAGGACUCUUGAGCAGAUUGCAAAGGUCAAAGCCGGAAUUAUGCGUCCUGGAGUACCGUGCAUCGUCGACUAUACCAAUGAAAAGUCUGUCAUCAAGGUUCUAAGAGAGCACGCAAACAGCAUUGGCACGCAAAUCUCUCUCUCCUGGAAGGCCGAACCCUUUCUUUCAACUCUCGAUAAUGAUCGGUGGAAACUAGAGGAGUAUCAAAAGCAAAAUCUCUUGUGUGCAGCUCUUGCCUUUCGCCACCUUUUCCCCUUGAAACCGAUCAAUCUAGACAGGCUCUUAGAAACCGAGCCCUACUUGCCUGGCAGAUUGGAGUGGGUUGGGAUAGACAAGCUUACAGAUGAUCAAUACAAGGCACCGGUUUUGGUGGAUGCCGCUCAUAAUCCUCUUGGAGUCCAAGCAUUGGCCAGGUAUGUCGACUCAAGUCUUCGCUCCGAAGAUGCCCCCAUCACGUGGGUCAUCGGUUUCUCUUCGAGCAGCACGAAGCCAUUCGACCAGAUGAUCGAGACUCUCGUUCGCCCUCAAGAUAAUGUUGCUUUUGUGGAAUUCAAUCAGCAGAGCAACGAGCCUCCCCCGACACCUGCUGCUCAUGGGCAGGAAGUGCUGAGAACUGUGAUCUCUUCCAAUGAACAAGUCUAUCAGGGUGAACCCAACCUUCGAGACGCAUUACACUGGGCUGCGUCAAAGGCUGGUGCCGGGCGGCUGGUGAUCACCGGCAGUCUCUAUCUGGUACGAGACUUUUAUAUGCUAGAUGGUGUGCACCGAUUCAGGGGUGAAACGAGGACACAGCAACCAACCUCGUCCCAGCUAUGGCGUUUAGAUAAAUUACGAAAUGAGCGGGCCCUGACACAAGAAGAGCAUGAAGAGUUCAAACAGGCCAAAUGGCUUUUGCAUAAAUCCAAGCUCAACAAUGCGAUGGACAAAAUCAAGGGGACCAACAAAGUCCCUCGAUUAAAUGAAAGCCCAGCUUCUCAGAAAAACUCGCAACUCAAAGCAUCUCAAAAUCUUGCAGAUGACCCUGCCGGGCUCCUGAAACUUCGCAACAUAGCUCGCCGACACCGAUAUCAGCUAAGAGGAUAUCGCAUAGCCAUACGCAGCAUCGGCAAUGAUAUUGAUCAGGAGACUCAAGGUGAAGGAGAGCUCAACAGUGACAUCCUGUCCAAGCUCCGGGAAGACGCCGAGCUUCUCAAGGCACAAGCAGACAAACACUAUCUUGCGCUUGAGGACCUACUGGACAGGUUCCGAAAUCAUCCUGAUGCGCCCAAGAUUUUUGGUCCCCGCCUCGAGGAGACACUCCUGGGGGGCCCAACCAAGGGCCUCGAAGACUCGGAGUGGCUCAUCGCGGAUUUCCAGCGUGGGGAAACGCCAACAUUUGUCGAGCACGCCCGAGCGGGGGUUCGCCUUCUCGCCGAGCACGGUCAAGAUGCCAUCCUCGCCUACUCCGGCGGCCCAACGAGGAAAGAGACCCAGCUCUCUGAAGCACAGAGCUACGCCAACAUCGCCCGGGAAAACGCCUACUGGGGCUACUCCAUCCCGGAGGGGCAGAUCAUACUCGAGGAGCGCGCCCUGGACUCCUACCACAACGUGCUCUUCGGCCUGACGCUCUUCUUCUCGCGCUUCGGCGUCUGGCCGCGGCACAUGACGAUUGUGAGCCACGCGUUCAAGCGCCCGAGGCUGAUCGAUGGCCACUGCGUCGCCGUGGGCUGGCCGCUGGACAGGGUGAGCUUUGUCGGCAUUGACCCGCCCGGCCUGGCUGGGAAGGAGGAUGCUGUGGAGGGUGCUGCCCAGGCGAUUGGGGAGUGGAUGGAUGAUCCUCAUGGGCGGGGGGCGAGCUUGAAGGGGAAGAGAGCCAAGAGGAAUCCUUGGGGAGUAGGGCAGGGUAUGUUUGAGAAGGGGGUAGAGGCUUCCGUGAGAGAGAAUGCCAGGUUGUCAGCACGGGGGGAGAGUGAUGAUGAGACCUUGGAGGGCACGGUGAGGCCGUCCCUCCCCUACAGCCUUGACCAGAAACUCAACAGCCUGUUCUACCAUUUCCGCGCUGAACCAAUGCCCAACCCCGUCAAACACACGGUCAUCAACCUGCAACCCGCCAACCUCCGCCAGCACUUUCACAAACGGCGCGGUAAACUUGUACGGCACCAGCUGGUCAUCCCCCCCAGAGAGGAGAAGCAGCUUCUUGCUCCUCAACCCCCGCGAAUCAACCAGCGCCGACAGCCGCGAACGCUCAGCCUCAGACAGGGGGAGCUGAGGAAGGGGACCAUCAGAGAACAGGAACCCCUUGGGGUCGUUCGCCGCACAGGCAGCAACGAGGUCCCGCGGGAAGAACCUGCUCCCGAGGAACUGCGCGCCGCAGUCGAGCUUCGAUCCAGCUGCCCUGCCACCCAUGAGGCCUAG